AUGGAGAGGACACCUGAGGGACGCCGAUACCACGAAGAACGCUCUCUUUCAGUGACGGAUGGAAGUCGAAAGAAGCGCCGUGGACACGACGGAUCUCCUAUCCCAUCUACCAACGAGUACUGUGCGAAUCAAUGGACCUACAAUGAUUACACCGUCGCUGUGGUGUGCGCCAUGGGUUUUGAGAUGAGCGCAGUCCGCUACAUGCUAGACGACGAACAUCCCCGCUUGCCCACCAAGCAAGGCGAUUCAAACCUAUAUGUCCUCGGCGCACUCAGCGGUCACAAUGUCGUGAUUGCCUGUCUUCCAGGUACGCAAGGGAAAGGAGCCGCGGCAAUCGUCGCUAACAAUAUGCAACGUACGUUCCCAUCAAUCAAAUUGCGGCUUCUGGUGGGCAUCGGAGGUGGUGUGCCGAGCCUAACACACGACAUCCGCCUCGGUGAUAUUGUUGUGAGUAUGCCCGACGGUCUAUUCGGUGGAGUAGUUCAGUAUGACCUAGGGAAGGAUGUAGAGGAUGGCUUCACCCUUAAAGGAUUCCUCUGGCCACCACCUCCCAUCUUGAGGAGUGCAGUGGAGAUGAUGCGAUCCGAUCACUUGACUAAAUCGAACAAAGUCAACACCUUCUUGUCAGAAAUGCUGCAAAAGUGGCCUGGCCUCACAGACUACCAACGGCCACCAGCAGAUUUCGAUGUUCUUUUCCAAACGAGUUAUCCACAUGUACCUGAUCAGACCACAUGCAGGAGAUGCGAAAGGACUCAAAUUGUUGAUCGGCCUGCACGUGUAUCUGAUAAUCCUAAGAUUCAUUAUGGGUUGAUUGCGUCCGGGGACCGAGUAAUGAGGAGCGCUAUGAAGCGAAACAAGACGGGCAGAGACAUUGGCGAUAUACUCUGCUUCGAAAUGGAAGCAGCUGGCAUCAUGACGGAGUUUCCAUGCAUUGUCAUUCGCGGCAUCUCCGACUAUGCAGACUCUCACAAGAGUGAUAAAUGGCAGCACUAUGCGGCAGCGGCAGCAGCAGGGUGCGCGAAGGAGCUUCUUUCAUAUCUGGACCCAGAGGAUCGCCAAGUCCCGCCAAUAUUGACCCUUCGGCAGCCGUUGGACGGCGGAUUCAACGUUAGUCGUGGACUGCCUAGAAAUACCAAUAUACCUACACCUCGCGAGGGUUCCCCAGCCCAACGAAGCACGGUCUCAGGUCAGCAACCGAGGGGUGGAAUCCCGCCCCUCAGUGAAGAGCAUAAACGGAUGCUUCUAGACUCGUUGAAAUUUGACCAGAUCGAUGCUCGCCAGAUGACCAUCAAGAAAGCACACGCAAGGACGUGCAGAUGGCUCCUCAGUAAACCGGAGUACCUUGACUGGCUUGAUAACACCAAGCUAGGCGCACAUCACGGCUUCUUGUGGAUGAAGGGGAAGCCUGGGACUGGCAAGUCAACAAUAAUGAAAUUUGCCCUUGCGAAUGCCCGGAAAACGAUGAAGGACAGGAUAAUCAUGUCUUUCUUCUUCAACGCACGAGGAGAGGACUUGGAAAAGUCAACGGUUGGAUUGUAUCGAGCCUUGUUGUCGGAGAUUCUUGAACGAGUCCCAGAACUUCAGAGUGUCUUCGACACCCUUGAGUUAAGGGUGUGGAACAGCGCUGGACAUCACCAGUGGGGUGUUGAGUUGCUCAAAGAUUUAUUCGAGCAAGCAAUACUACGCCUUGAACAGUCUUCCCUGAUGUGUUUCAUUGACGCCUUGGAUGAAUGUGCGGAACAUCAAGUGCGUGACAUGAUAUCAUUUUUCGAACACGUCGGCGAACUCGCUGUUGAUGCUGGAAUUCACUUUCGAGUCUUAUUUUCAAGCAGACACUACCCGUAUAUCACUAUGAAGAGAGGACUGGAGUUGAUUCUAGAGGGCCAAGAAGGCCACAUCCAAGACAUCACCAAUUACGUGAAUACUGAGCUGAAAAUUGGGCACAGCAACCUUGCCAUGCAGAUCAGGGGGGAACUUCAAGAGAAAGCCUCCGGAGUUUUCAUGUGGGUUAUUCUUGUGGUGGAGAUCCUCAAUAAAGAGUAUGAUCGAGGCCGUGUCCAUGCUUUGCAACAAAUACUUCGCAGGAUCCCUGGGGACCUGCAUGAGCUAUUCCGCGAUAUUUUAACACGGGACAGCCAUAAUCGAAAUGAGUUAGUGUUAUGCAUGCAAUGGGUGCUCUUUGCAAGCCGGCCAUUGAAACCAGAGGAAUUGUACUUUGCCAUUCUUUCUGGCAUUGAGCCAGGAGCUUUAACAGAGUGGAAUACCGAUGUGAUCACAAUUGAUGUCAUCAGGAGAUUCAUCCUCAAUUCAUCCAAAGGACUUGCUGAAACUACACGCUCGAAGGCGGCUCCGACGGUCCAGUUCAUUCACGAGUCAGUUAGAGACUUUCUCCUCAAAGAAAACGGGCUUUGCAAGAUUUGGCCUGACUUUGGAAGCAACUUGCAAGGACAAAGCCAUGACCAACUUAAGCAGUGCUGCCUUACAUAUAUCACCGUCGAUGUCUCUAGACAUGUUGAUCUCAGUAACCCACUAGCGAAAGCAUUCUCCGAGGAAGCUGCAAACCUCCGCGAGUCCGUUGCUAAAGCGUUUCCAUUCCUGGAGUAUGCCGUACGCAACGUGCUGUACCAUGCUGAUGCUGCUGAAGGUAGUGGUAUUGCUCAAGGACAUUUUAUCCAGGGCUUCCAGCUUCCGUAUUGGGUUCAACUCGACAAUCUAUUCGAAAAACACGAAGUACGCCGGCAUACGCAGAAUGUGAGUCUACUGUAUAUCUUAGCGGAGGGCAAUCUGUCGAAUGUCAUUAGAGUUCACCCGUCUGUCCUGUCCUGUUUUGAUGAGGAAGGAGAGCGCUACAAGUCUCCGUUUCUAGCGUCCCUUGCUACCGGAAGCGGGAAAGCUCUCCAAGCACUUCUGCAGGCCUAUACGGCGAACAUGCACCCGGAAAGUCGACUGCGUGAGCUGUGCGACAAGUAUUGCCAGGACGGAUGCAGAAACCCUAAACUGGCACGCGAUGUAGACUUCUCAAACCACAGCGCCGUCCUUGCACGUAUAGCAGAGCUUGACGAGGUAAUAUUCGCUUUUCUCCUUGAAACAGGGAAAUUUAUGCUGGACUCCAAGGACAAGUAUGGGCGGACAGUGCUGUCAUGGUUGGCAGUAAAGGGAAAUGAGGCAACAGUCAAGCUGCUACUGGCAACAGGCCAAGUUGAUCCAGAUUCCAAUGACUACUAUUUGUGGACACCGCUGUCAUGGGCAGCAGAGAAUGGAAAUAAGGCAAUAGUCAAGCUACUACUGGCAACGGACCGAGUUGAUCCAGACUCCAAGGGCAUCAUGGGKGAGACACCGCUGUCACGGGCAGCAACAAAAGGAAAUGAGGCUAUAGUCAAGCUGCUACUAGCAACAGGCCAAGUUGAUCCAGACUCCAAGGACAAGAAGGGGCGGACACCGCUGUCACGGGCAGCAACAAAAGGAAAUGAGGCAACAGUCAAUCUACUACUAGCAACAGGCCAAGUUGAUCCAGACUCCAAGGACAAUUAUGGGCGGACACCGCUGUCAUUGGCAGCACCGUAUGGAAAUGAGGUAAUAGUCAAGCUGCUACUGGCAACAGGCCAAGUUGAUCCAGAUUCCAAGGACAAUUAUGGGCGGACACCGCUGUCAUUGGCAGUACGGUAUGGAAAUGAGGUAAUGGUCAAGCUGCUACUGGCAACAGGCCAAGUUGAUCCAGACUCUAAGGACGAAGAUGGGAAAACACCGCUGUCAUGGGCAGCAGCAACUAGAAAAGACGCAAUAGGCAAGCUGCUACUAGCAAACAGGUCGAGUCGAUCCAAACCAGAUAUGAGGCCUAGACUGGCUGCUUGA